UGUGACAUUUGAUAAAAUAGAAGUCCAUAUACAAACGAAUAUUAUUUCUAAUGGCACAAGCACAAAGCAGCGCACUUUGAUUUUGUUUGUUAUGCAAAUUUAACAAUUGAGUAAUCGGAAUUUCGUUAGUUUAGUUCUUUAUUUGAGUCUGCCAUGCAAAAGUCGUGAAAUAUACGCUUGAAAAUUAGUGCAGUGCAUAGUAAAUUGAUUGGAAGAAAAAAAAAAAAACAAAAUGCUCAUCUCCAGAAAAGAAUUAUCGGUACAUUUUUUGUUUACCGUAAUAUUCUGUGUGGUAAUUGAAGCGGCUAUAACGCAUAAACAUGGCCAUAAUCAGGGUGAACGGUUGGUAGAUGGUUCGUUUAAGCCACGCGAUUCCGAUCAUAACGGAGCAGAUGGUGAACAUCUCACAGAGUUCGAUCAUGAAGCAAUGCUGGGCAGUGUGAAGGAGGCUGAAGAAUUCCAUCAGCUAUCACCAGAGGAGUCCAAGAGACGCUUGAAAAUAUUGGUUAGCAGUAAAAUUGACACAAACAAAGACGGUUUCGUUGAUAAGCAUGAACUGAGGGCGCACAUAUUGCGCUCAUUCAAGUCAUUGUCGGAGGAAGAAUCAAACGAUCGAUUCGAUGAGGUCGAUGAAAAUACCGAUGAAGCUGUGACAUGGGCCGAAUAUCUCAAAGAAAUGUACGACAUGGACUCGGAAGAUGAGCCGGGCGUGAAGGUUUCAGUUUUAGACGAUCGCGUUGAAUCGGAGAAUAGGCAAUUGAUUGCCGAUGACAAAGUCAUGUUCGAAACGGCUGAUUUGAACAAAGACGGCCACUUGAAUCGUGAAGAAUUUGUUCUGUUCAUCAGCCCGGAGGAGCAUCCAAUUAUGUUGCCGAUCAUUUUGAAUCAAACGUUGCGCGACAAAGACACCGAUAACGAUGGCAUCAUUAGUUUCCAGGAAUUCCUUGGCGAUUCGGCACGUGACCAUGACAAAGCUUGGCUGAUUGCGGAAAAAGAGCGUUUCGACAGCGAAUACGACAAAGACGGCGAUGGAUUACUUAAUGGCAAUGAAAUUCUCUCAUGGAUUGUUCCUAGUAACGAUGACGUUGCAAUCGACGAAGUGAAUCACUUGUUCGCCGCAGCUGAUGGUGACCAAGACGACCGUUUGAGCUACAAUGAAAUUUUGGAUAAUCACGAUCUGUUUGUGGGCAGCGAAGCAACUGACUAUGGCGAUCAUCUCCAGAAUAUUGACAAAUUCAAGGAUGAACUCUAAUUUCGUGUGUUUUUUUUUUGUCUCUGCGGAAAUUUUUUUUGCAUUCGUUUAUUUUGUCAAUCAAUUUUGUGUGCUUUGCCUGCAUGACGUCCAGAUAACAAAAAAAAUCUCAAUCUUUUAAUUGCAUUUCACAUUUGAAGCUAAAAUGAAACGCUUUGUCAUUUAUGCACAAAUACUCGACAACGUCGAGGCCGAGCGUGAAAUAUAUAUAUAUAUAUAUAUAUAUACUACAUAUAUAUAUAUACCAGGUGUGUAAAUAUGAAA